AUCAAGCAACAAGAAGAAAUUAUCCUCCCUCGUCAGACUAGACGGAUAAGAAAUUUCUGUACAUAUUCCUUGCAACUUUUGAACUAUUGUCAUAGCUAAACUGCUUAAUUUUCACAUAGCAAGUCAUAAAAAAUAUACAGGGUUUGAAGUAAUCAUUUAAUUAGCAGCAUCAUAUAUAAGGCGAGAAACAGCAAAGAAGUUUUGGAGAAGUAUCGAUUUAAAGCACUCAAUAAUACAGAGAAUGAACUUUUGGAGGACUAGAAGCAUUCGAAGUCCUAACAAGGCAAAGUGUACGGCAAAUACAAAAUCAUUAGUUUUGUCUAUAAUAGGAAACCAUUGAAUUUAAUCAGACGCUUCAGGUGUACGUUCUAUCAUUGCAUGUAUAGUACAUGAAUAAUUCUCAUGGAUAGCAUCAUAUUAGAACUUAAUAUAUAUCUUACUCUCGACUAUUUUGUUCUUUGUUUCAAAGAACAUAUCCAAUAAGAACUUCAUUCAGAGGAUAAAAAAAAGCAAUUCCACAUGAUUAUUUAGUACAAGUGUAUGCUUCAAGUAUUGUGGUAGAAUAGUAAAGAGAUAUUAUUAUUUACGUUUUUUAUUUCCUACUGUUAUUAAGCUCUUUUGCUAACUAAAGCAGUAUACUUCAUCUUGAGUUGGAUCAUGUUAUUGACAUCUGAAGAAGGCUUUGGUUAAAGUAAAAGUUUUAAGGCAAGGCAUAAGUAUUGUUUGAAUAUUUGAACUUAUAUCCACUCUUUCAGCUACUAACAGUAGCGGUAUUCACAUACAAUACCAAAAGCAAGGUGCGUCAGAAUGUAUUUUCACCUAUGAAAGCAAGAGAUUAACGACAAAAAGAAUCUAAUGCAGUGUUGCAUUAUACUAUGUUAUACUUAAAGUUAGUAACUCCCUUUGCCUGCUCUUACAUCUAAACACGAAUUCCAGCAUGUGGAAUUCUAGAAGACGGUGAACGAUGAGCUCACCAGUAUUGACCACAUCAUUUGCUUCUAAAGCAUCCCCUCCAUCAUGCACCUUAAGUGACAUAAAUUGUUGUAUCUUUGAACUAAAGUUUACAUAAACACUUAUUUGCAUGUAUCUUGACCAUCACGAUAACUUGAUUUAUCUUUCCUUCAACUAUGCUUGUGCGAAAAGCCACUUUUAUGUUCACAUUAAGCUAGCACGCAGAUUCUUUCUUUCAUCAACACCAUUAUGUCGAAUCUCUUCUCCUUGUGACCCGUAGCUUCACUUGAUACAAAGUGCGGUAUCCUAUACUGCGACCACUCAAUUGGAAAGCACAGAGAGAACGUCAUGAUAGAAUCAAAGCGACCAAAAUAAUAUCACAUACUAGAACUUGAUAGACUCUAAAGAAUCUACCGCCCAAAAAGGGUGAUUUACUUGCCCCAUUAGCAAAAAACUCCACCUGCUUGAGAGCAUGGCCAUUUGCAGUUUGUCUGUUACGACUGUUAGGCAUUCCCAUAGAAGGCAGGUCAAAAGGAAAUCCACUUUUUAAACCGCAAUAUGCAUCAUUCGUUCAAUGGUUCCAGAUAUAGAGAAUAAGUGGCUGUGCUACAUAAGAUUUUAUUCACCAUGGUGGAUUGGCUAUCUCCCACUAACCCUUCAGAGACCCAACAGUUGCAGAGCUUGAUACAUUUUGAAUGAAAGCAACACAAAUUAUUCUAUAUACAAGAAAGUAGAUUCCAUGGACUCUGGAGAAUUAGAGCAUAAUUUUUUGGACCGGAUGCCUAAAUCAUUUAGCUUGUGUGUAUAUAUAUAGGGUACCUCCCUCUUAUCAUUUCAUCAAGCACAAAGUAAGAGACAUUUUGAGUUUCUCACUGACCUCUAGUGCUCUUGCUUAUUGGAUCAUUUAUAUCAGUACCCUUCAGUUAAUCAUGUCGAGGGAUCCGCUUGUUGUUGGACACGUGGUUGGCGAUGUUUUGGACCCUUUUGUGAAGAUUGCAUCACUGAGGGUGUUCUAUAGCAAUCGGGAGCUGACAAAUGGGUCCGAGCUCAAGCCGUCGCAGGUAGCGAAUGAGCCACGGAUUGAAAUUGGAGGGCGUGAUAUCAGGACCUUUUACACACUUGUGAUGGUGGACCCUGACUCACCAAGCCCUAGCAAUCCAACCAAAAGGGAGUAUCUUCAUUGGUUGGUGACAGACAUACCAGAAACAACUAACGCCACUUUUGGGAAUGAAGUCGUCUGCUACGAAAGCCCCUGUCCAACUGCCGGGAUUCACCGCUUUGUGUUGGUGUUGUUCCGCCAAUCGGUGCGACAAACCGUGGAUGCACCGGGGUGGAGAUCAAACUUCAACAUGAGGGACUUUGCAGCAUUUUACAACCUCGGGCCGCCCGUGGCCGCUGUGUUCUUUAACUGCCAAAGGGAGAAUGGCUGUGGUGGGAGAAGGUACCAGCCUGGAAGCGGAUGGAACUAAUGAUCGGCUUCGGCGUUCCGAACAAAUUAACGUUGUCAGCAGCAACUACAUUCGGAGAUUGAAGAAUUAAUAUACGCGUCCUGUUAAAGAAUAUAGUA